GAGCUCGUUCGGAAGUGAAAAUUAAGCUUAGAUAAAGUUGCUGAAAAAUUAAAAAUUAUUUUUAAAAAAUUUUUAUAAACAUUUAAAAUUGAAAAAAUAAUUGAAAAAAUUAAAAAUCGAAAAAAAAUUCGCAUCGCCAAAAAAUGAAAUCAAAAAUCGAAGACAAAUUCGCAAGGCUUAAAUUCGUCCCACCGAAUUUUGAAGUCGAACAUUUACAAACAAAUGUAUUUGAUAAUUAUAAUUAUUUUUGCACUCAUAAGAAUCCCGAGUCGUCACAACUAGCCAGUGCUCUACAAAAGUUAAAUGUGAAUCUUGAAAAAUUGUCAGUUUUAAAAGUGAUUUUAGAAAGUCGUGCACGUGAAUUUGACUACGAUGAGAAUACACCUGGAAAUGGAUUUUGGAGUUACAUUCACAAUUUUGGAUGUGCUGUUAAAAUUGUUAGAAAAAUUUGCAAUCAAUUGACAAAGAAUCGGGAAAAGAUGCUGUUUAAUAAGAAGUCAUGCAGCAAAGAGCUCGAACUUUGGAAUGAAAUAUUCGAAAGCCUGAUUCAGAUUUGCGAUGUUUUGUUAAAAAUGCUCAUUGAAGAUGAUAAGAAAGUAUUGGUCACAGCAGAUAACAAUUGGGCCACGCUUAAUCGCUUGAUGUCGACAAUAAAUCAAAAAGCAUUUUACGGAACUGCUGUGGGAUUUCAAUGUGUAAAAUCUAUGAAACCAAUUGUUAAUGUUCUGGUGUCAUCGCUUGUUGGAUAUUCGAAAUUUCAUUAUUCUGAUAAGCACAAGUCAAUCAGACUGUUGGACUUUAACUUCUCGACGAGCAAAUAUUUUUUGAAGCCAAAGCAUCGUGGACAUAAGUUUGUUGCAUCAUCUGAGAAGGGUGAUAUUGAGUUUUGUAAGAAAUUCUGGUUCAUGACAGAACUCGACGCCCUCCACACCCUUCCAAACGUAUUCGCCCACAAAAUUGCCGUAAAUAAAACAUUCAAAAUUCCAGCCGAACCAAUGCAGACUUUCAGCGAUAAACACCAAAAAUUCAUCGACAUUCCACUUCCUCAUAGUCAUUUUGAAACCAAACCUGUUUCGUGUAGACUUAUGAGCAUGUACAAACGAGACGGAAUGAUGAGCAAAAAAUCUCCGUCGUCAAAGUCAAUGCCAAAAUCGAAGCAUCUAGUUUUUCAUGUUCAUGGCGGUGGCUGGGCAGCACAGACAUCAAAGUCACAUGAAAUCUAUUUAAAACAGUGGGCAUGUCAUGUUCAAUGUCCAAUUCUAUCAAUUGACUACUCAUUAACGCCAAUGGCGCCAUUUCCGCGUGCAAUUGAAGAGAUUUAUUAUGCAUAUUGUUGGGCAUUGAAUAAUUUCGAUAAACUUGGCACUACUGGUGAAAGGAUAGUCUUUGCUGGUGACAGUGCUGGUGCAAAUUUAAAUACAGCUAUUUUAGUCAAGUGUAUUGAAGAAGGAAUCAGAACUCCCGAUGGGAUCGUAAAUAUUUAUGGAAUUUUCAAUGUUGACUUCCUCAUAUCACCAUCAGGUUCCUUAACUGUUAUCGAUCCCAUGCUUCCAUUUGGUAUGACAUCAAAUCUCAUCAAAACAUACGGCAUGGACUUAAAAGUCAAUGACACUUCAGUCGAUUCAAAUGGCAACAUCAUUGUCAAAGAGAGUGAAGCAGCCACAAAAAAUCAAGACAAGUUUAAUUUCACAUUCACGAAAAGCUACUUGUUAUCACCAUAUAAGGCUCCUGAAGAGAUUUUGAGACAAUUCCCAAAGACAAUAUUUGUAUCAGCAAUUCUAGAUCCACUUCUAGAUGAUUCGAUCUUAUUAGGAACGAAGCUGAGGGAUUUGGAUGUGGCUACUCAUCUUGAUGUGCUUGGUGGACUUUAUCAUGGGUUUUUGUAUUUUAUUAAGUUUUCAAAAGAAUGCCGAGACGCAUCUUUACUGUGUGCUGAUCAUAUUAAGAAGCUUUUGGAAGACGAUUGAGCUUUUUGAACAAAACAUUGAGACAGCAUUGGACAUUGAAACAUUAUGAAUAGCUGCACAAAAAAACAAAAUCUCAUUUUAUUACGUAAACUUUAAGACAAUGAUGAUAAUAAGCACCAAAUAAACUGUGAAUUGACAAAAAAAAAUAUUUUUAUAUUGAUGCAUAUGAUGUGGACUGAUGAGUAGCUUUUAAUAUCCUUA